UCAGUUGCUGCUCGCCGCUGCCGCCGAUUGGUGUUGCUUCUUACCUGAGUCGCGUCGUGUUGCUGCUGUGCCGUCGUCGUGUUGCUGCCGUACCGUCGUCGUGUUGCUGUGUCGUGUCUUAGCCACCGACGCGAGGAUAAUACCCACUUAUAAAAGCCUACUCCUUUGGAAUGUGGUGAACUUGGGUGUCAAGUUUGUGUUGCUCCUUAAGAAAGUACUGACCUCGUGUUGCUGCUGCAAACUCGUGUUGCUGCCGUACCGUCGUCGUGUUGCUGCUGUGUCUUAACCACCGACGCAAGGAUACAGUUUUCUAAUAAUAUCCUACGCCUUUGGCCUUUUUGUGAACUUAAGUGCCGAGUUUGUUACAUUUAACUUGUUGCUGCUGUGUACAUAUAGUGUUGCUUCUGUGUAAACGUGUUGUUGCUGCUAAGCAGUCAUCGUGUUGCUGUAGUGUUUUAACCACCGACGCAAGGAUAAUAACCGCAAAUAGUACACCACUCCUUUGGCAUGUGGUGAACCUCAGUGUCGAGUGCUUCUGGUGAUUCCCCUUUGGUUAGUACCCUGCCCCCAAGGACAUGGACUCUGAACAGGAGCCGAACAACCAUCGCGGUUCGGUCUCCUCCAGUCGCUCCCUGGAGAUACCCGCCACGCCCUCGCGUUCCCCGAAGAAGGUGUCCUUCUCGGACGAGCUGCCCCAGUCGCAGACUCCGGCCCAGCAACCCAUCCAGCCGCCAGCUCCCACAGGUGUGAGUCACGUGCUCCAGCAGGCGGCCCAGUAUCUGGAGAGAUUGCAUGGCGCGCGCGAUUCACCAGCGGAAGCGGAGAAGGAGGAGGAAGUGCAGCCAGAUAGAGAUAGUAGUGCCAGCGAAGUCGCCGUCUUGGAUUUGGAUGUAGUGGAUCUCGGUGCUGAUGAACCGGCGGCAAAAGCGGGCCCAAUUGUGGCCAGCUCGCCGAGUAUUCUAGUUGGCAGCGUUGGCAAGCAGGAAGCCAUUGCCAGUGCAAAUGGAAAUGGAAAUCCAAAUCAGCGGCAAUCAAAUUUGUACAUGGAACGAUACAACCUCAAUUUAGAUAAGAACUGCAGCUCCAUGGAGCUGGAGGCGCGCCGGGAAAAACAGCGCUGGCUGCUCAUAUCCGAGUGCAGUGCACUUUUCGACGAGGGCGAGGGAAAACACACAAGGGAGGCCUUCCGCAAGCUUUUCCUGGACGAGGAAUUCCAGCAGAAGCUCUUCCAGCUGUUCGAUCUCGAGCGGAAUGGCUAUCUCCUGCAAGAUCGCUGGAUCGAGCAUCUCAAGGGUCGGCUAACCGACGAUCGCCAGAUGGACUUCGCCGAACAGAUCGAAUCGGUGGCCUAUGUGAUCUGCGGUGAAAAUAGCAGGGUUAGCUUUAAAAACUUUCGCGAUAUCUGGCACACAAGGGGGAUCCUCGACAAGCUGUACCGCCUGAUAGAGCUGGAUGGCAGUAAUUUGGUAUCCACCAACCAGGUAAUGGAGUUCAUCUCACACCUGACCAACUCCCGACCGAGGACCGGAUUCGACAAGAGCUCGCUGGCCCGACUGGAGCAGCUAUUCCGCACCACAGUGGGAAACGAGCAGGAGAUUCGAAGGGAGGAGUUCCAGAAAAUCGUCACCUCGAAGAAUCCCUUCUUUACGGAGCGUGUCUUCCAGAUCUUCGACAAGGACAACUCGGGUUCCAUUUCCUUGCAGGAGUUCAUCGAUGCAAUACACCAGUUUUCUGGUCAGUCGGCUGAUGACAAGAUCCGUUUCCUGUUCAAGGUUUACGACAUAGAUGGCGACGGACUCAUUCAGCACAAGGAGCUACAUGAUGUCAUACGACACUGCAUUAAGGAGAAUGGGAUGGAGUUCUCCGAGGACCAGAUAGAGGACCUUACCAGCGCCAUGUUCGAGGAUGCCGAUCCGCACAAUAGCGGGGAAAUUACUUACGAGGCGCUGAAGAACCAGCUGCACAAGCAUGGUGGCCUUCUGGAAAACCUCAGCAUAACCAUCGAUCGCUGGCUAGUGCCCAUCGCCGAGGAUCGGCAGGCGGGAGGAGCGGCCAAGGGCGGAUUCUGGAACUCCCUGCCCCACCAGUUUUCGCUGGCCUACAUGAAGAACAACCAGGUCUUCGUCACGUACCUCUUUUUCUAUAUAACCGUCAACCUGUGCCUCUUCAUUUCCCGCGCUAUUCAGUACCGUGCUAGCAAUGGAUUUGUCAUUAUAGCUAGAGCUUGCGGACAAUGUCUGAACUUCAACUGUGCAUGGGUCUUAGUCCUGAUGCUGCGGCAUUCGCUGACUUACCUGAGGGGGCGUGGUCUGUCCUCAUACCUCCCACUGGAUCACCACGUCUAUCUGCACAAACUCACUGGCAUCACGAUCUCCGUACUAAGUUUAGUGCACACAGUGAUGCACCUGUUCAACUUCUCGAUCAUCGUGAUCAACGAUCCGAAUAUAAAUGCUGGACACUAUACCAUCGGCGAGUGGCUGCUCACAGAUCGUCCUGGAUUGUUUGGCCUGAUCCCGGGAUGCGCCAAUCCCACGGGAGUGGCGCUACUUUGCAUCCUGAUGGUGAUGUUCGUGUGCUCACAACCGUUUGUGCGGCGAAAGGGCAGUUUCGAGGUCUUCUACUGGACCCAUCUGCUGUACGUGCCCUUCUGGGUGCUGUGCCUCUUCCAUGGACCCAACUUCUGGAAGUGGUUCCUGCUGCCGGGACUCGUUUACAUAGUUGAGCGGGCACUCCGCUUCAUUUGGAUGAAGGGAGAGCACGGCAAGACUUACAUCAGUUCGGGUUUGCUGCUGCCCUCCAAGGUGGUGCACCUGGUGAUCAAGCGACCGCAUCACUUUAAUUUCCGUCCCGGAGACUACGUCUUUGUGAACAUUCCAGCGAUUGCCAACUACGAAUGGCAUCCCUUCACCAUCAGUUCGGCGCCGGAACAGGAGGACUACAUGUGGUUGCACAUACGCACCGUGGGCGAGUGGACCAAUCGCCUGUAUCGGUAUUUUGAGCGGGAGCAGCAGAAGCUGCAGCAGGGUAGCUCCUCGCAGGAUAUUCCCCAACACAUGCACGCCAUUCCCACUCCCAGUUUUAUGCUCCUAAACGAAGCCCGUAAUCCUGCAAUGAGCGUGGAGAGAUCAGCCACGCCGCAGACGGAUUUCCUGGCCAGAAAUCUGGCCGUGCAGGCUGUGCCGCCAGUGCGUCCUCCUCGCCAGAAUCGCAAGCCCACGACAGAAGCUCCUCCCGAUCCUCCAGUCACGAGCGUUAAUCGAAUCCGCAGCAUCAAGAAGAGCCUGCAACGCACGUUCUCCCGGAAGGAGACAGUGGAGCCCAAGAAGGGUAUUCCGAAUGGAGCUUUCCUCAGUGAUGGCGAGCGGGAGGACUCCAGUCUGAAGCAGAGACCGCUGGAGAAGAGCAUAUCCUUGCCGGACAUCAGUGUGAAGAGCAAAAAGCGGAGUCGCCUCAAGGCACUUCGAGCUUUGGGUCGCUCCGAGUCCGAGUCCGCCUUCGAUGAGAAGCGGGUUCGUCGGGCCAGGAACAACAGCGUGGGAUUGGCCUACCUCAGUCCGCAGAACAAAUCGCUGGCGCAGAGCUUCCGUUACAUGCGCACCAAGCCCACAAUCAUCGCCUUCAAGACGCCCAGCGUGGAGGAGCGGGAGUAUCAACUGGCCAGUGGUGAAGCCAAUGGAGCAAGUCCGGCCAGCCGGGCGGAGCAGGGUCACGUGGGUUCCAAAUCGGAUUCAGUGGACAAGUUGCAGGUGGCCAGACUCAGUCUGGCAGCGGAGGUGGCCUCCAAGCCGCUGGAGGACCAAACACAGGCGGGAUCGGGCAGCAGAAAGUCCAUUCUGCGGCGUCCCACUUUCCUGCGCUCCCUGUCCACCUCCAUAAAUAACAGAUCAGGCGGAGGCGGUGGCGGAUCGACUGGUAGCUCCACAACUAACAGCGGUGGCAAAGUCACACUCGAUGCGGGAGUCAUGGAGAUCUUCAUCGAUGGUCCAUAUGGAGCGCCCUCCAGCCACAUCUUUGGGGCCCAGCAUGCGGUACUAAUUGGCACAGGCAUUGGGGUCACACCAUUUGCCUCCAUCCUGCAGUCCAUCAUGCAUCGCUACUGGAAAGCCCGCCACAGUUGCCCGAGAUGCCAGUUCGAAUGGGCCAGCGAGAUACCCAAGUCUGUGAUGAACCUGCGCAAGGUGGACUUCUUCUGGAUAAACAGGGAUCAAAGAUCCUUCGAAUGGUUUGUCAAUCUGCUAUCCCAAUUGGAGAUCGAGCAGGCGGAGCUGGGAGGGGCCAUGGAACGAUUCCUGGACAUGCACAUGUACAUAACGAGUGCUCUGCAAAGGACCGAUAUGAAGGCAGUGGGCCUUCAACUAGCUUUGGAUUUGCUGCACGAGAAAGGCAAGCGGGAUCUGAUUACGGGUUUGAAAACCCGCACCAAUGCCGGCAGACCCAACUGGGAUAAGGUGUUCAAGCAGCUGCAGGCCCAACAAAAGGGCAAGGUCACCGUCUUCUACUGCGGCCCACCACAGUUGGCCAAAACGCUGAGAUACAAGUGCGACCAGUACGGAUUCGCCUUUCGUAAGGAGUGCUUUUGAACAAGCCACAUCUCUCGUCUCCAUCUCCUUGUCCACCUUUUCAUCCACCUCUCGCUCUGUGUCAAUCCCCCCUCGAUCAUCGUGUUCUCAUUUGCAUAAGCAACGGGUUUAUUUCGGGUUCGGUUCGGUUUAGCUUAGCUUAGAUGGCUAUUUAUUCGUCACUUGUCUUGUUGCCUCAUUGUUGAGUGUGUCCCCAGCUUGUAAAUAUCUAUAUCUAUCUGUAUAAUCUAUGUGCUCAUGCAAUAAAGUUUGUUACCCAAUGUUCCGUCCAAUUCCCAAUUGCAUCUGGUUCAGAACGAGUACAUCGUGAGCUUCUUUGCAGGCGGCUCCGAGUUCUACAUUUGAUGCCCCGGUCGCAGUAAAUCGCUUCAAAAUCACUUACAAUUCGGACACUCUAAUAAAAACAAAAACGAAUCGA